CUGUCGCUCUGCGCAGUAGCAGUUUUCUCUGAAUGGGUGCUCCAGUUUUUAGCCAUCAUCUCCGCCCUGCGGAUAUAGAUAGGCUUGUGUUGGCAGUGUGGGAGGCCAUGUUGAGGCUGGUUACAAAGCCGUGGCCAAUGCUGCCCUUAAAGGGGUAAUAGAGACUUGGUUUUUGCUGGGAGAUAUUUUCGAUUUCGCUGAAAGACUGGGGUUGUCUGGGACUGAAGACCCCAUUAGCUGAGGUAGCAAUGAGAAAGGUAGAGAGGUUUCGAAGGAGCGACGGAGCAGAGGAGGAAUAGAGCGAAAACUUGCUAGCUAGUUCAGGCAUAGUGGAACCUUGCGUGUGUUCACGCAGUGUCACCUGUCAACAUCGUCAGAUUGUUAGCUAUCGUUAGCUCACUGAAUCUGUAGCUAGAUACAUCGUGAACUAGCUAGUUUGCUAGUUCUAGCAAACUCCUCUGACGUACUUCAUUUCCUGUGUUUAAAGGGCAUUUUAUUUGUGUAGUUAGCUGUUAUUAAUGCAGUGCAUCAUAUACAUUAGCUAGCUAUGCUGACAAAAUUCAUCUUUCGAGUCUUUUCGGAUUAGCUUUAUUUCUUUAGAAUUAUGAUUGUAACUACAUUAGUAGCUGGUGGGCUGCAUUGUAGAAGCGUGCAAAUUAUUUGCUUGAUUAGGUUUACGUAACAUCUCCCACUUAACCUAGUUAGUUGAACAUUCUAACUGAAGAGGAACCCUGGCGACCAUAACUUUAGACCAAGAGGAGAAGGAGCUAGGAGCCAUGGCAUGGGUACUGAAGAUGGAUGACGCAGCCAUCGAAUCUGGGCUUGUGCAUGACUUCGAUGCCAGUCUGUCAGGAAUUGGGCAGGAGCUCGGGGCUGGUGCCUACAGCAUGAGCGAUGUCCUGGCACUGCCCAUAUUCAAACAGGAAGACGGCAACCUCCCCCCCGACACUGAGACCAAAAACCCACCAUUCCAGUACGUGCUUUGUGCCUCCACCUCACCUGCAGUCAAACUCCAUGAUGAAACCCUCACUUACCUGAAUCAAGGUCAGUCUUAUGAAAUACGGAUGCUGGAUAACAGGAAGAUGGGGGAGUUGGCAGAGCUUGAUAAAGUGGUCAAGAGCAUCGUGCGAGUGGUAUUCCAUGACCGCCGCCUGCAAUACAUGGAGCACCAGCAACUAGAGGGAUGGAAGUGGAAUCGCCCUGGUGACCGGCUCCUGGAUAUGGAUAUCCCCUUGUCUGUUGGCAUCAUUGAUCCCAAGACCAACCCCUCACAGCUCAACGCUGUGGAGUUCCUCUGGGACCUUUCCAAGCGAGCCUCAGUUUUUGUCCAGGUACACUGCAUCAGCACAGAGUUCACCCCCCGCAAGCACGGCGGGGAGAAGGGCGUGCCCUUCCGCAUCCAAAUCGACACCUUCAAGCCGAACGAAGGCGGAGAGUACACCGAGCACCUGCACUCUGCCAGCUGCCAAAUCAAGGUGUUCAAGCCCAAAGGGGCUGACAGGAAACAGAAGACUGAUCGGGAGAAGAUGGAAAAGCGCACUGCGCAGGAGAAGGAGAAAUACCAGCCCUCCUACGACACCACUAUCCUGUCUGAGAUGAGGCUUGAGCCUAUCAUUGAGGAAGCAGCUGAGCACGAGCUGAAAAAGUCAAGCAAGCGGACUUUACCCGCAGACUGCGGCGAUUCUCUGCCAAAGCGCGGCAGUUGUUCACCAUGGCCAGACAAUGCCUACGCAAGCACCAGCCCAGCAGCUACACCCACCUUUACCUCCUGCUCUAUACCCGACAGUAAUUCCUCAUCACCAAAUCAUCAGGGAGAUGCGAUUGGCCAGGUUGCUAUGGAGCAACUCAGCCCUGCUGCCACUAUUCAGGAGGCCCAGCAGUGGCUCCACAAGAACAGAUUUGCUGCGUACACACGGCUUUUCUCUCAUUUCUCAGGUUCUGAUUUACUGAAAUUAACUCGCGACGAUUUAGUCCAAAUCUGUGGCCCGGCUGAUGGUAUCCGGCUGUUUAAUGCACUUAAAUCCAGGUCUGUGCGGCCUCGUCUGACUGUGUAUGUGUGCCAGGACACGGUGCAGACUAAGAGCGCUGCACCGCUCGAGGGAUCCUGCGACAGUGAGAGUGGAGAACACAGCAACAGCGCAAUUUACGUUUAUCAUGCCCUCUACUUGGAGGAUAUGACCGCGUUGGAGCUGACUCGCAAGAUUGCGUCCGUCGUCAGCAUCUCCCUGGACCAGGUCAACCAGGUGUUCCGCAAGGGUCCUGCUGGCAUUCACAUCCUCCUCAGUGACCAGAUGGUUUACAAUCUUCCAGAUGAGAGCUGCUUUUUAAUCAGCACAUUAAAAGCCGAGAGUGGAGAUGGAUACCAUUUGAUUCUGAAGUAACGAGUGGAAGAUCGGCUUCAGAAGCUCUCCCCCUCCAGACAAAAACUGCAGGAAGAACAUGGCACUGGGAAGAGCCAAGUAAAUGUUGGAAUCUGACUAAAGUGUAGACAUUGUUUCAUAUUGAAAACACUAUUAGAGAGGUUAGCUGGGUGUCUUAUAGUUUUUGAGGGAGGGAAGGGGUGGGGAGCGGGUGAGCAAAUAAUGGCUGUGAUUGGACACUGUUGACAUUUAGCCUGGCUUCCACUAUGACACUGAUGCACAGCUUUAAUUCAUGUUUAAGGCCAGUACUCUGCACACACAGGGUUAGGGCUAUGCCUGUGUCUAACUUGAAAUUUCAGACAGAGAGAUCUCUAUUGUAUGAACCGAGCAAGCAAUGCAGGAAGUGAGGCGUACAGGUCUGCCUCUUGACUGCACGGUGGACGGAAAGAGAAGAAACUCUUAAAGGCGCGUUGUGCUUGUAUGGCUGCCCACUGUGCUCCAGUAAUUUCCCUUUAUAAAACAUGUGACUGUGGAAGUCACUUACGGAGGCUUUUCUUACCGGCACUAGCGCUGAACUCGCGUGCUGCUGGUCUUUGAAUUUGACACCUUAUCGUGCUGGAUGUGUACGUGAGGUAACGCCAGCACUACGAUAAUGGAAGUUUACCUGCCUUCAGUGGAUGGUCCUAGGGGCAUUGAGACUACACGGAAUCACGUUGCUCAGGCCAGGGAGCGAUUCCAAAAGCCUGGUUUAUUGUUUCUCACGUUCUAUGGAACUGACUGAAAAUUGACGUGCCUCUUGUGCCAAGUUUACCGUUCUCCCCACCUGCAUGCAUGUAGCGCCCCCUCUCACAAAGCUAGCAGCUGCAUAGGUACAUGUACAGUACAGUCUCUCUAAGACUUUUUCUUGCGGGUCAAGUAAGUCACCCAAACCACUAGGAGCGCAAAGAUAGGCCAUAGGCUUUCUGGAGCGCUAUUGCUUUUAUUUUUUAUCAGAACUCCACUCACAGGAUGACCAUGGGUCAGUAAUACUGAAGGGAGACAUUACAAGUUUAAAAGGAAAAAUGGCUGAAAGAGACAAUAAAGGGGACCAAAAUAUUUUACAUAUGUACGGUGUAUGGAUAGGGAAAUGACCGAUCCACGCUGUUUAAUUUGUUUGUGUGUCUAAAGCUUGUAAGCUUGUGGGACACUGUCUUAGUCACAGAGUCACCAUUGACUUCACAGACAGGCCACUAUCUUUUCUCUCUUCUCAUCUUUCUGUACUCUGUUAGACCCCUUUAUCAUUUUAGCCUGCACGCUCAUUUGUCUUGUUUUGUUAACAUUGUCUGUCUGUCUUAACUAAAGUCCCCAGUGGAUGUGAUGGUUUAGAGGGAAAUAUGUUUGUGUGUAUUUUUAUUUUUUAACUGAAAUCACUUGACUAGAUUUUUUAAAUUUCUUGUAGUAGCGGCUGAUGUAGUUUGUCAUUUCAGUUUUCUUCUAGUGCAGCUUGGUGGCACGUUUUUGUAAUUUUGACAUGUGAGAGAGGAGGUGAUGGAAAGAUAUAAAUUUUAAAGCUCCCCUGGUAAAAGAGGCAGCUUUGUGCACUGAAAAUAAACAAUUAAUUUAAGAGGUUUGAAUUUGUAAUUGAUAGGAACGGUCACACCUCACUGUUUCCAUUAGUGCUGGAGUAAUCGUAGGACUGCUGUUGCCUGGAUACACACACACACACACACACCAUGUGCUCUGUAUUCCUCCCCAAUGGAUAAGGUUGAAUGUUACCCACCAUGUCCAGUUCUCUUGCUCCUGUAGACGUUGUCCAACAGUGAUCUCGCAUUUUACAGUGUCUGAAUGAAGGUGUAGCAGUCAAUGCUUCUUGUGUACCAGUAUGUGUUGGGAUGUACACAUUUUAGCCUGUACUGGGAUUAAUAACAGUAAAUCCAAAUCAUUUCCUCA